AUGGCACCAGUCCCCCUAAUAACGGCUAGGCAAAGCCUCGCCCGCGCUGGCUCACUCGCAAGCCAAGCAUGGAAACGGGCAGCAAUUGUUGCACUUCCUGCCAUCUCUGAAGCAACUCAUCACACUCUCGCCCGUCGGAAUCUCACAGUCAAUCACACCCAAGGCGUAACCCUAGGCAUUAUUGGUGCUUACGCCGUCAUAAUCGCUAUCCUCUGGAAUGUUCCGUAUCUGCGCCAGGUUUUAUGGCCUUUUAAAAUGCUCACAGUAGCUUUUCACGAAUUUGGGCAUGCCAUCACAGCAUGCUGUACUGGCGGCCACGUAAUGUCCAUUACUCUGGACCCCAAUGAAGGUGGCAAAACCACUUUUCGCGGCGGAAGACAAGCUAUCACCCUGCCGGCUGGAUAUCUAGGCUCAUCGCUCAUCGGUGGCCUGCUUGUCUUCUGUGGCUUCAACAUUAACGCAUCGAAGAUCGCAUCCAUGGUUCUUGGCGUUUGCUUUUUACUGACGCUGUGGUGGGGUAAAAAGGACUGGCUGACCAUUCUCACGGUUCUUCUCGCUGUCGGGGUGCUCAUCGCUGCAUGGUUUAUUUCUCAUGCCCAGGCUCUGAGAUUCGUUGUUCUCUUCAUUGGCGUUAUGAGCUCCCUUUACUCGGUCUGGGACAUCUGUGAUGAUCUCAUCCUCCGCAAAGUUAACAGCUCGGAUGCAAGCGUUUUUGCCAAACGAUAUGGCGGUUCUUCUCGAUGUUGGGGCCUUAUCUGGUCCCUCAUCAGCGUUUGCCUUUUGGCUGUUGCCAUUGUGGCUGGCCUCGCCGCUUUCCCCCAAUCUUUUGCCGAGCAAGAAAACGACUCGAAAAAGUUCCUGCCCACCUGA